AUGAAGGCGGCAUACCUUUUCCUUGGCCCCGUGGCCCUCCUGCUGCUGGCUGGCUGCAGCGGUGUCUCCAGCACCUCCAGCAGGGACCUGCACACCUUCGUGGGCUGUGCUGUGAGGGAGUUCACGUUUGUGGCUAAGAAGACGGGCUGCAGAGGACUGCGGAUCACCACCGACGCCUGCUGGGGCCGCUGCGAGACCUGGGAGAAGCCCAUUCUGGAGCCCCCCUACAUCGAAGCCCAUCAUCGAGUCUGUACCUACAACGAGACCAGACAGGUGACUGUCAAGCUGCCCAACUGUGCUCCUGGAGUGGAUCCUUUCUACACCUACCCUGUGGCCGUCCGCUGUGACUGCGGGGCCUGCUCCACGGCCACCACCGAGUGUGAGACCAUUUGA